AUGGCGUUUCCAAAGAGAGCAGCAGUGUGGACACUAGUAGCAGUAUUGCUGUCUUUGAUCAGCUCCAGGGAUGUUUUGGCAUCGCACAGCUAUGAAAGAACUUGCCCAAAUGCGGAGUGGAUCAUCCGAGACACGAUCAACGAGCAUGCUAGCCGGGACCCAACAAUCCCCGCGGGACUGAUUCGCUUGCACUUCCACGACUGCUUCGUCAACGGUUGCGAUGGCUCCAUCCUUCUUGAUUCCACUCCAACAGACGGUACCAAUGUCGAGAGAUUCGCUCCUCCAAACCGGGACUCCGUCCGAGGAUUUGAAAUUAUCGAGGAUGCGAAAAGAAGGCUGGAACAGGCUUGUCCUGGUAUAGUUUCUUGUGCCGACACUGUGGCCAUCGCCGCAAGAGAUUCAACUGUCAGGAUGGGAGGCCAGCACUACAAAGUAGCCACUGGACGCUAUGAUGGACGGGUGUCGAGCUUGCAACUCGCCACAAAGUUUCUACCAUCGCCAUCCAUGGACGCCUCGACUCUCAUAAAAAAUUUCAAGAACCAAGGCUUGUCCGUUGAAGACCUUGUCGUUCUGUCAGGUGAGAUCAUUCGACUUUGCUAG